CAUGUCCCAUGUCCCAUGUCCCUUUACUGUAGCAAUUGCUGCCCACAAAUUCCUCAGCAAUGAUGUUCUUUUGCCCUAAAAACAUCCACAGGCUCUUAAAAAGUUUCGAUUUUUUUACACAAUAAAUAGACUGAAAUCCAGGGCAACAUAGUACUGUCUAUACCUGCAAAUUCAUGAAAAAUGAAAAUAUCGACAUUCAUUUUGAUCCUCCUAGUUUCUCCUCCAUCCCAAAGCUGGGCUAUCGAAGUUGCAGCCGGCGGAGCCGCCGUGUCGGUGGAUCUUCCUCUCCCGCCGGCGGCUCAGCUCAUUUUCGAUGACCUGAGACUGGCCCUCGUUUAUCCGGUGAUUCAAAAAUUCAAGAAAUUGAUAACCUCGGAUCCGUUCAAUGUCACUACAACGUGGGUGGGAGCGGAUGUUUGUAAGUACAAAGGGUUUUAUUGCGAAAGCCCGCCGGACAACAGGUCCGCCAUUGCCGUCGCCUCGAUCGACUUCAACGGAUUCCAAUUGUCGUCCCCGACGCUGGUAGGGUUCCUGGAUCUUCUCCCCGAUCUUGCCAUUUUUCAUGCCAACUCGAAUAACUUCGCCGGAGUAAUCCCUCCAGGAAUUGUCGGCCUGGAAUAUUUAUACGAGGUGGAUAUCAGCAACAACAGAUUCUCAGGGCCGUUUCCAGGCUCGAUCUUGGCGAUGGAUUCCCUGUCUUUUUUAGACAUACGUUACAAUUUCUUCUCAGGGUCGAUCCCGCCGGAAUUGUUCGCCAGGGACCUCGAUGCCCUAUUUCUCAACAACAACGAUUUCAUGACGACGCUGCCGGAAAACAUUGGAGCCACACGUGUCAGGUAUCUCACCUUAGCCAAUAACAAAUUUUAUGGACAGAUUCCCCGGCGGAUCGUCGAGUCCCUGACAGGCCUGUCUGAGAUUCUCCUGUUCAACAACUCGUUGAGCGGGUGCCUGCCGUACGAGCUGGGGCUCCUGGAAGACGCCGUCGUGAUCGACGCCGGGAACAAUGACCUGACCGGCCCGUUGCCGUUUUCGCUCGGAUGUUUGGACAAGUUGGAGAUUCUCAACUUCGCGGGAAAUUCGUUGUACGGAGAGGUUCCAGAAAUUCUGUGUGAACUCGACAAGCUGGCGAACGUGUCGCUGUCGGAAAAUUACCUGACGCAGGUCGGGGAAUCGUGCCUGGAAUUGAUCAACACGGGCGUGUUGGAUGUGAGGAAGAAUUGCAUUCCGGGACAACCAUUGCAGAGACCUGUAUCGGAGUGUGCAUUAUUCUUUGCUCGUCCCCGGAACUGUCCGUACUCCGACACCUAUUCGAAGGUUCCCUGUUGGAUGGCUUCGCCGCCGGCGUGAUUUUCAUUCCGAUAAUUAGAAUAUUGUCUUUUUCUUUUCAAGAUUUUUUUUUUUAAAAAAAAAUUUAUAAUUAGUAAUUAUGAAUUGAUUCCGGUGGGAAUGGAAGGCUUGGAAAUGAUGAUAGGGCCUGCCUGCAAGUGUGAAUGAUUAAGAAAAUUUCACGCUUU